AUGGCUAAGUCUGAAGAAGUAAACAGUCACUCCGAGGAAGGACCAGAUAACACUAGAAUACAUAUAACUGGUGCGGAGCUACAAGCAUUAGUAGAAAAUGAUGUUGCCAAAGCCACUGAAAGGCAGUAUAGUGAACCAAGCAGGACCCGAAGUAGGGCCCGGUCCGCGCCACAUUCCAAGACCAAGGAUCAUUCUGAGGCUCACACCAAACCACUCUCUAAGAAGGAUGCAUCUAAGAAAGACGAGCUAAAGAAGAAUGAUGAGGAUAAUCACUCCUCUAACCACAUCAGUAUUCCGAAAAAGGAGAUCAAGCAGAAACAUGGAUCGCACAGCCUGUUCAACCCUGCUGACUACCUUGACGUGCCUAUGGGUUUUAACCCACUUGGACCAGAAGACCAUUUCCCUGGCGACAAUGCGAUGGAGGUCGAUGAAGAUACCGAUCCCUCAAUGCCACCAUCUGGAACUCUGAACCACCCUAUCGAGAUUUCUGAUGGGUCACCUUUCGUGGGAUCACCAUACAAUGGUCCCGACAGCUAUGAGGAGAGAUUCAGGCAGCAUGACUGGGUAUUUACCCCUAGUUACCAUAACUCUCCCCUGCACCAGCCACAGCACAGCUCUCCCUUGCACCUCCAGCAACAGCAGCCACAGCAGCAGCAAAAUCCUUCUGAGGAUUACCGGCGUGACGUGGUCACUCCACCGCCGCCACCACCUCCGGUUUUGCCUCCUCCGCCUCCGAGCAGCCGAUACUCGCCACUUCACGAAGAACCAGAGAUGGGAGAAUCUUCACACCCCGUCUCAGAGGUAACAUCUGCGCCAAUCGCGCCACCACCACCACAGGAUUUUGGGAACCCAAUCCCCGCUUAUACUAGUGCGGCCGCAUAUAACCCCUUCGAGCCGACUUUUCCCCCAGGUUAUAACUAUACAGAGGAUCCCUACUGGGUAGCUGCGAACUACAACUCUCUCAAUCCGGAAGGUACUUUUGGAGGUCCCUGGGCUACGGGACAAUCGACCUAUGGAUACCCAUCAUAUGGAUAUCAGCAGCCGCAGCCUCCUCAACCACCGCAAUAUACGCUACCACCACCGGCACCGAUGAUGUCGCCGCCACAAGUUCAAGAAAUCCUUCAAGGGAUAAAUGAUGUGCGACUUGAGAUGCGGCAUGAGUUACGGGAAGAGCGUCGGCAUAAUCGCGGGAUGUUUAAGAAGAUGGUGGAUUUGAUCAAGGGAAAAGGCAAGAAGGACUACUAA